AUGGUUUUGAUUACAAAUAGCCUAGCAUAUGACCUCAUUGCACUUGUUGUCACCUUAAUCUCUGGAGCAGUGAUAUAUCUAAAAUGGAAGUACUCCUAUUUCGCAAGAAAAGGUUUAUACGCACCUCCCGCUACGAUACCCUUUGGAAAUGCAAAAAGUGUUUUCAUGAAACAACAAAUUGGUGCUGAGUUGUUCAAAGACAUUUAUUUUGACAUAAAAUCCAGAGGACUAAAGCAUGGAGGGGCAUUUUUCUUGUUCAAGCCUUUUUACGUUCCAGUUGAUCUAGACAUUCUCAAAUCAAUUAUGCAAAACGACUUUCAACACUUUAUGAACCAUGGCGUCUACUUUAAUGAAAAAGGGGAUCCUUUAAGUGCACAUUUAUUUUCAUUGGAAAAUGAUAAAUGGAAAAAUCUUCGAGCCAAGUUAACUCCGACAUUUACUUCUGGCAAAAUGAAGAUGAUGUUCAACACAUUAGCUGAAUGUACCAACGGAUUGAAGGACAUGAUAGAUCAACAUUCACAAGACAACACGCCCAUUAAUAUAAAAAAAACCUUGCAACGGUUCACAAUUGACAUAAUUGGUUCAGUUGCCUUUGGAAUCGAAUGCAACAGUAUGAAAAACCCAGACUCCGAGUUUGCUAAAUACGGAAGACGAAUAUUUGAAUUAGACUCCUCAGAAGUUAUUAAAGGAUUUGCCCGAGCUGCUCUUCCCCACUCGAUUCUCAGAUGGCUAAAUAUUGAAGUUUUCAAUAGGGAGGUCACGUCAUUUUUCAUGGAUGUUGUUAGGAAAAAUGUUAAUUACAGAGAACAAAACAAUGUUUACAGAAAAGAUUUUAUGCAUUUGCUGUUACAACUGAAGAACCGUGGUAAAAUAUUUGACGACGAGAAACUGACGAAGGAUGCUGGAGAUGAUAAAGAAAGUGCGUUAACUUUCAAUGAACUUGCAGCCCAGGCCUUCGUCUUUUUUGUUGCUGGAUACGAAACUUCUUCUACAGCAAUGACUUUUGCUUUGUAUGAACUUUCAACUCGUCCUGACAUUCAGCAGAAAAUUAGAGACGAAAUUCAUGAUGUUUUGGAGAAACACGACGACAAACUUACAUAUGAAGCUAUAAAGGAUAUGACUUAUUUGGAACAAGUUCUUCAUGAGUCCCUUAGAAAAUAUCCACCGGUGCCAUUCUUACCAAGAGCUUGUAACAAAACUUAUAAAGUACCCGGAACUGAUUUUGUCAUUGAAAAAGGCAGUAUGGUGGCGAUUCCCGUCUUAGCUAUACACAAUGAUCCAGAAUAUUAUCCUAAUCCCGAAAUUUUUGAUCCCGAUAGAUUUUCUCCGGAAAAUAAAGCGAAAAGACACCAAUUUUCUUGGAUACCUUUCGGUGAAGGGCCGAGAGUCUGCAUCGGACUUAGAUUUGGAACUAUGCAAGCUAAAGUGGGUUUGGUAACAAUACUUAAAAACUAUAAAGUUUCUCUUAGCAACAAAACUGCUACUCCUAUUAAAUUUGAUACUAAAUCUUUGGGUGUCUUGGCAGUUGAUGGUAACGUGUGGCUUAAUGUUGAAAGAUUUAAAUUUGACAAACCAUACUAUCGAAGGUUGAAAAAUGCUACUUACUUAAUGACGGAUUUUCAACAUUUCAUGAAUCAUGGCAUAUACUAUAACGAAAAGGCGGACCCAUUAAGUGCACAUUUGGUGGCAAUGAAAGAUGACAAAUGGAAAAAUCUUAGAUCCAAACUAACACCAACAUUUACAUCGGGCAAAAUGAAGAUGAUGUUCAGCACUUUAGUUGACUGUACUCACGGCUUAAGAGAUAUGGUUGAUAUAAUAGGUUCCGUUGUUUUUGGAAUUGAAUGCAACAGCAUGAAAAAUCCAGAUUCCGAAUUUGCCAAGUAUGGAAGAAGAAUCGUCGACUUAAAUGCCAUAGAAGUUUUGAAGAACGCCGCACAGUUAGCUUUUCCCCACGAAUUUCUAUUGUGGCUAAAUAUGGCAGUUUUCAAUAAAGAACUCACGACCUUUUUCAUGGAUGUUGUUAGGAAAAAUGUCCAAUAUAGGGAAGAGAACAAUAACCGCGGUAAGGUAUUUGACGACGACAAGCUGACCAAAGAUGAUGGUGAUCAUAAAGAAAGUGCUCUUACUUUCAACGAGCUUGCAGCUCAAGCUUUCGUCUUCUUUAUAGCUGGAUACGAAACCUCUUCCACAGCAAUGACUUUUGCCUUAUAUGAACUUUCAACUCGACCUGAUCUUCAGCAGAAAAUUAGGGAUGAAAUCGAAGCAGUUUUGGAAAAACACGACAACAAACUUACGUAUGAAGCUAUAAGGGAUAUGACUUAUUUAGAACAAGUCCUUCAUGAGGCACUUAGAAAAUAUCCGCCGGCGCCUUUCAUAAACAGAGUGUGCAAUAAAACAUAUAAAGUACCCGGAACUGACGUGGUCCUUGAAUCGGGUGACAGAGUCGGAAUUCCUGUUUUAGGAAUACACAAUGACCCAGAGUUAUAUCCAAAUCCCGAAAUUUUUGAUUCCGACAGAUUUUCUCCAGAAAAUAAUGCGAAAAGGCACCAAUUUGCGUGGAUACCCUUCGGUGAAGGACCGAGGAUGUGCAUCGAACGUAGAUUUGGAUCUAUGCAAGCUAAAGUCGGUUUGGUGACGAUACUUAAGAAUUAUAAACUUUCACUUAACAAUAAAACUGCCACUCCCAUCAAAUUUGACAUUAAAACUUCGGGGGUUUUGGCAGUUGACGACCGAUUCUUAGAAGAAAACAAGCGCAACAGGCAUCCCUUCGCCUGGAUACCAUUCGGGGAAGGCCCCAGAGCUUGUAAUGGAUUAAGACUUGGACUGAUGCAAACCAAAGUUGGAUUGGCAUCUAUCCUAGAAAAUUAUGACAUCAGUCUAAAUGAGAAGACCCAUGUUCCUUUAGAAUUUAAUGAAUCCGGUGGAUUUAUAUUGUCUGUGAAAGGUGACGUGUGGACCAACGUUAAGAAGCAUUGUAAAAGUAUGUUGUUAACAACAAGUCUGCUUUGGGAUGCGGUGGCUCUAUUAGCAACUGUAAUAUCAAGUUUUUUAAUUUACGCGUACUGGCAACUUGGAUAUUGGUCCAGGAAAGGUCUUUACGACAAUGAUCCCGUCCUCAUCGUGGGUAAUGCGAAAAAAUUAGUAGCUAAACAACAGAGCAUAGGAGAAAUGUGGAAGGAAUUGUAUGAUAACAUUAAAGCAAAAGGACUUAAGCAUGGCGGAGGUCUUUUCCUGUUAUCACCAACUUAUGUGCCAGUUGCCUUGGAUUUAGUAAAACAAAUCAUGCAGCAAGAUUUCCAAUACUUCAACAGUCAUGGAACUUACAUCAAUGAAAAGGGGGAUCCUCUUAGUGCUCAUUUAUUUUCAUUAUCGGGUCAAAAAUGGAGAAAUUUAAGAACGAAACUAACUCCAACAUUUACUUCUGGCAAAAUGAAGAUGAUGUUUAGUAGACUUACAGAAUGCGGAGAGGGGUUAAAGGAGAUGGUGGAGGAAUAUUCAAAAUCUGGUAUGUCAAUGGACAUUAAAGAGAUGCUGCAACGUUUCACUAUUGAUAUAAUAGUAUCAUGUGCAUUUGGUUUGGAAUGUGAUACAAUGAAAAAUCCUGACAACGAUUUUGCAUCUAAGGGAAGGAAUAGUUUAAAACCUGGAGCGGUUGGAUUUUUCAAAACAUUAUUAAUAUUUGCAUUGCCACACAGUAUAAUUAAUUUAUUCAACAUUAAAAGAACGGAUCCCGAAACCGAAGAAUUCUUUAUGAAUGUUGUCAGGAAAAACGUAGAAUACAGAGAGAAAAACAAAGUAUACAGAAAAGAUUUCAUGCAUCUUUUAUUGCAACUAAAGAAUAUGGGAAAAGUUACGGAUGAUGAGCAUUUAACCGGUGAUGGAACAGUGGCAGAAGGUGCGAUAACAUUCAACGAACUUGCUGCUCAAGCUUUUGUGUUUUUCUUUGCUGGAUUUGAGACAUCAUCAACAACAAUGACGUUCGCUUUAUAUGAAAUAGCUUUGAAUAAAGAUCUGCAGAACAAAAUGCGUCAAGAAAUUAGGGAUGUUCUGAAGAAGCAUGAUGGGAAGCUGACAUAUGAAGCUGUCAAAGACAUGGUACUAAUGGAUAGAGUUGUUGAUGAAACACUAAGAAAAUACCCAGCUAUUUCAAUAAUACCAAGAGAAUGUACCAAAGAUUAUCAAAUCCCCGGAACAGAUGUGAUAAUUGAAAAGGGCACAAGUGUUGCCAUAUCAGCAUUAGGCAUCCACCGCGAUCCUGACUAUUAUCCUGAUCCUAUGAAAUUCGACCCAGAUCGGUUCUUAGAAGAAAACAAACGUAAAAGACAUCCCUUCGCCUGGAUACCAUUCGGUGAAGGACCCCGAAUCUGUAUUGGAUUAAGAUUUGGGGUGAUGCAAACCAAGGUUGGUUUGGCGUCAAUCCUGGAAAAUUAUGAUAUCAGCCUGAGUAAGAAGACUCAAGAUCCUUUAGAAUUUAACUCAACUAGUGGGGCAAUUUUAUCUGUGAAAGGUGGUGUUUGGAUUAAUGUUAAAAAACAUGUUGAUAUAUAA